CUAGAGCCUUAAACCAAUAUCGAACAUAGUCAAUUUUAUAUUUUCAUAAAAUACAACUCCUUUAAAAAGCAACAAAAUAUAUGAGAUUCCAACAUGGCUCAGCGACCAAAGUUCAAGGUGCCCAACUACGGCAUGGGGCGCAGGUCCUCGGUUAUAGCCGUGCUACAAAAACUUAAACCAUGCAUCUAUGAAAAGUACGCUUCUUUUUUGGAUGACAAAAAGGACGACGAGAAUUCGAAGGAGGCGGAAAAGUUCACUCUAACCGGAAACGCAGCCAAGACGCAGAAGCAGCAGCCGGAGACAAGCCCCAAACUGAUGACGGCCAAGUUUGACCCAGCUAAAAGCAUUUGGCAGAGUCGAGUAAAACAAGGUUCACCGCAACGUCUGCCGACUAUACCCGAGGUUAAGGAGGUCCCCAAAGAGUUCAACGAAACUUCCAACCAGCUGCCCAAGAAAAAGAAAUCUAUAUUCACGGAUGAAGAGCUGAAGCUUCUUUUACCGAUAAGCCGCUAUAUAGACGACAAGCUGCGGCAUCUUGGGGGUGCCAUAAAGUCCGACGGGAUUUGCGAAAAUGUAAUUGUUAUCGAGAAACAGAACAUAAGACCACAAUUUGUGGUAGCCUUGCCCGAGCCGCGGUUCGCUUGGCGCAUUGAAAUCGAUCUGGUUACCAAUCCCACGGCCAUUUAUCUCAUAAGCUCCGGCAUCUUUUGGAAGGAAACAAUGCAGCAUGCCAAUCCCAAUAGCGUUAUGAUGAGAGCCAUCGAGCAGACGCUCUACCCCAUGGACGAUAAUCGCAAUGACAGGAAACUAAGCAAUGCCUGCGAAGGCAUUUUGAAUACCGUGACUUCCUAUUUGACUGAUAUUCAAACGUUCUGGAAACGCGAUACGAACCAAUUCAUGAAAAUUGUUGUUACUUAUUUCGUUAUACUUUGUUUAGUUGGAUUUCUGUUUACCAUAUAUAUUUAGGUAAACAUCGCGAAAUUACCUUUUUUUGUCAAGAAAUUAUUUUGUUUAUUAUGUUAUAAGUUAUUAUAAGUAUUUA